AUUCCCACCCAGCAAACAUCCCUUACUUCUUUAUAGCUCUCUCCAAAAUCUUUUGAAAAACAAAAUGCAGACCAAAAACUAACUCUAAACAGAUCCAAAAUCUUUUAUCACAACAUAUUUGAUGGAAUGAUCACUGUGAGAAGAUUGAUCAAACCAAAAACAUCUUUCACUUUUCUUUCUCUCCAAAAACGCCUCAAAUCCCAGAAAUUUUCCUUAAUAACCCCUCCAAAACUCUUGUCUAAUCUCAAAUUUGGAUCCUCAGAUAUCAGCAGUAAUGAAAUAGCAGAAAAUACAUUGACGCUAAACCACCCAAUUCUCAAAAAACUAGAUGCGUGCUCUAAUCUCAAACAAUUUUAUCAAAUUCACACUCAAUUAAUCAUCUUAGGUAUCUUUCAUCACCCCCUCACUGCUAGUCGUGUCAUAAAGAAGCUUUCUUAUCUUCCUCAUAAUUUGAACAAUGCUGUUUUGCUCUUUGAAAAGCUUGAAAAAGUUGAUGCUUUUAUGUGCAAUACCAUUAUUAGAAGUUAUUCGAAUUUGGGUUACCCAAAAAAAGCACUUUUGUUUUAUUAUCAUUAUUUGAUUGGUGGGUUUAUAGUCCCUAAUCAUUACACUUUUCCCUUGAUAAUUAAGUUGUGCGUUGAACUUAGAUUGGUUAUAGAUGGAGAAAAGGUGCAUUCACUGGUUUUGAAAUCCGGGUUUAGUUUGGAUUUGUUUGUUAGGAAUUCUUUGAUUCAUAUGUACUCAGUUUUUGGAAGAAUGGGUGAUGCAGAGAAGGUGUUUGAUGAAUGUUCUGAGUGUGAUUUGGUAACUUGGAAUACUAUGCUUGAUGGGUACGUGAAGAAUGGGCAGUUACAUACUGCCUGCAAGUUGUUCGAUGAAAUGCCUGAAAGAGAUCACUUCACUUGGAACUCCAUACUUGCUGGCUAUGUUGGGGUUGGGAAUAUGGAGGUAGCAAUAGAGUUUUUUAGUUCAAUGCCUGAAAGAGAUGUUGUUUCUUGGAAUUGUUUGAUCGAUGGGUGUGCGAGGGUAGGAGACGUCUUGGCUGCUCGCGAGUGUUUUAAUCGAAUGCCAAACCCUAAUGUAGUGUCCUGGAAUACUAUGUUGGCCCUUUAUGUGCGUUGUAAGAAGUAUGAUGAGUGUGUAGCUUUGUUUGAUAGUAUGAUACAAAGAGAAGUUCAGCCGGAUGAAGCUAGUCUUGUAAGUGUUUUAACAGCAUGUGGCCAUUUGUGUAGGUUAGAUAGAGGUAAAUGGGUCCAUCACUAUAUAGAAAGUAAUAAGAGGAUUAAACCUGAUGUUUUGCUUUCUACAACCCUUUUGACAAUGUAUGCAAAAUGCGGGGAUAUGGAUACAGCUAAAUUUGUCUUUGAUAGUAUGUCUAAGAAGAGUGUUGUGUCAUGGAAUUCCAUGAUUAUGGGUUAUGGUUCUCUUGGUCUUGUAGAGAAAGCUCUUGAAACAUUUCUUGAGAUGGAAAAUAGUGGGCAGAUACCUAAUGAUGCCACUUUCACUUGUGUUUUAGCAGCAUGUGCACAUUCUGGCAAGGUCUUGGAGGGAUGGUGGUAUUUUGAUGUUAUGCAUAGAGUUUACAAGAUUGAACCGAAAGUUGAGCACUAUGGUUGUAUGAUUGAUCUCUUUGGGAGGGCCGGUCUGCUUAACGACACACACGAGCUAGCAAAAGAUAUACAUUUAAAGGGAGGAGCAACUUUAUGGGGAGCUCUUCUUUCAGCUUGUCAUACACAUUCAAAUAUAGAGCUUGGGGAGUUUGUUGGAAAGAGGCUGAUUGAGCAGGAACCGGAAGAUAUUGGUGCUUAUUUGUUGUUAUCGAACAUUUAUGCUGCGCAAGGGAGAUGGGAAGACGUCGAUAGAGUAAGGAGACUCAUAAAGGAAAAAGGUUUGCACAAAGAAGUAGGGUACAGCAAGGCCGAUUUUAGUGUGGGUGAACUAGAUUACUCUGCGAAAGAUGGAUCUCGCCAUAGAAAAAAUAUGAUUCAUAAAAUGUUGAGACAAAUGAGUUCCCAACUUAAGGUGUCAGGGAUUAGAACGCCAAGGACAGGGUAGUGUUCGACAUGAUUCUAUUGUUAAAACUCGGCAGUUCUGAUUACUGGAGUGUAGGACCAUGAUGACAUAAAGGUAUCCAAGAAAAGUACAUGAUGUAACAAAAUAAUGUUUGUGGAUCACAGUGAGACCCGAACAAACAAGCUAGUCUAUCUUAUCAAUUAUCCUGGAUAUUGCCUAACAUUAUAACUUUGCAAGGUUUCCAUGUCAAUCUGUGGACAAACGGUGAUGGUUCGCCUAGCCUGAGAGCUAUGAAGGGAACUUUUUCAGCAUAAAUGUUCUUUGCUAAGGCGAUACCCUCGUUUUUAACGGCUCUUACCUCUUGACCCAACGACAAAUGUUGAGGUAAAUCAUGGUAUUUCAGCCGUCUUCUAGGAGAAGGAAUUGAACCUGAAGCCCAGAAGGAGCCACCCUACAUUAAAGUGAUGAAACAACCACAUAAUGGUUGUUAGAAUUUGAAGUUGUGUUUUUGCGCAAAAUGGCCUCUGAUUAGUGAUAUAAGGAGAUUCUGCGCAAUUUUUUUUAAGUAAAUAAGGCAAAAUCUCAAACUUUCAACUAUCCAUAUGCAUGACUAGGGGAAAAAAACGAUUUAGCCUCAAACUUUUUACCUUGUCGCGCAUUACCAUGAUACCUAUCCUUAUAAAAAUUGCACAAACAUUCUGUCUUCA